AUGAUGCUCGUCAAACCUACUCCGGCUCUUGCGGCCUUGAUCGCGGCGCUCACGCCGGUCAACGGUCAGGCCGUCCUCUUUAAUAACCCCCCAGGUGUAGAUAUUUGGUGCGGAAAAUCCUAUCGCGCAACAAACUCUUCCUUUGACCCAGGUGGAUGGUUCCCAGAGCCGGCUAUCUCCAGUGUACCGCUCCUGCGACUGAAGGUGCAGCCACGACUGAGCUUCUAUCUCGAGACCGACGCGACAGCCAACCUGCUCAUCGACGCUGCUGUAUCGAACCAGGUUGGCUCCCCGCUACCUGUCGGCUAUGGAUCAAACUACACCAACUCGACAUCCAAGCCGCUGACAAUCGAGAUUCUAAUCGGGAACGAUGUCCUCGCAACCGAAGAAGUUGCGCUUGGAUCUCGCAACAACGAGGUGCCUCUCCCGCUAGCCUCGCUCACCCCGCGCAUGGAGGCAUACAACAUCACUAUUCGCACAAAGUUGGAUUCUUCGCAUGUAUAUGAAGGGUCGACCGAUUUUCCUUAUCUUCCGUACCCAGAGGACUAUGGUAGCGUGUCGCGCAUCGACAACCUCUACGGCGGACUUCUCGCGCAACGAGGCAAGGAUGCGCCUUGGGACCUCAUCUACCCCUACACCUACUACACACAAUGGACCCGAUUCUGGGACGAGGGCGUCGACACCCUCAACAAGUUCGCCGGCUUGGGCUACAACUUAAUCCACAUCGUGCCCACGGGAGACCUCGGCGACAUCCCCUUUCCCCGGGCCGAGUUCGAGCCCUACCUCCAGCGCGCCGACGAAUUAGGUCUCUACCUGCACUACGACGUCCUCUGGACCUGGACGAACCUCACAAACAUGAUCGAACAAGUCACCUGGCUGCGCACCCACCCGUCGAUCCUGCUGUGGUACCAGAGCGACGAAGCUGACGGCAAAGCGAACCCCGCCAACUCCACCGGCAUCGCAUACGAGCAGAUCAAGGCCAUCGACCCGUACCACCCGGUCUCCCUCGCCCUCAACUGCUAUGACUUCCACUACGCUGAAUACGGCGCCGGCGCCGACAUCCUCAUGAGCGACGUCUACCCUGUCGGCAUCAACGCGACCUUUUCAACGGUCUACGGCACGGACUGCAACAAAACGCGCGGGUGCUGCGGCUGUGACGAUUGCGAGGGCAAAUUUGAGGACAUUUCGGUGCGGCUGGACGAGUUCCACCGCCGAGACGAGAUCUUGGGCUGGCAAAAGACGCAGUGGUUCGCGCCGCAGGCCUUUGGCAAGGAGACCUUUUGGGCGAGGUACCCGACCGCCGAUGAGGAGGUCGUCAUGACGGUGCUGGCGGUCAAUCGCGGCUCAAAGGGCAUCGUGAUGUGGAAUUACCCCGCCACGGCGGAGCUGGAGGCCCUCACGAGCAAGUUGGCCGGCGUCUUUACGAAUAAGGCUGCGGUAGGAUUCUUACUUGGGACAGAGAGGACGCAGGAUCUUGCUGUGGAGGGCGCGAAGCGGGUUGAUGCGGCGGUGUGGGUGGACGAGGAGAAGAAGCAGGCGCUGAUUAGUGUGGUCAACCUGAACUACGAAGAGAUUCAAGGCGAGAUCAGAGUUGCGCUGCCGCACGGUAUUGAGGUUGGCAAGGUUGUCGAGGUGCUUUGGGGCGAUGUUGCUUGGCAGAUGGGAGAGGAAGGCUUGGUUGCCACGGAAGGGUUGCUUGGCCUGCAGACCUCGCUCUUUAUUGCCGAACUAUCUUGA